AUGGGGUUUGGCAUUGGUAACUCCAUGAUGCGGGAGUUGGGUGAGCAGAGAGGAUUUGCCGCUAACACUGUUCAGCACAACCACGUUAACACAAGAUUUUCGCGCAGCUCUAUCGAAAGACGUCCGCUUCCACGAAUGUGUAGACUUAUUAAGCCGUUUCUGUUUCUGUGCGAGGUGAUCGACAAGACAAUCCUCCGAAAUGAAUGGGAGAAGUGGUUGAGGGCGUUUACAAUAUACCUCGAGGCCGAGGGUAUUGUUACCGAGAAGCGGAAGAGGAUGAGACGAAUCCCGGCAGCGCUCGAGGACAAAGUCAUGAAAAAACUGGAUGAAGCCCUGAGUCGAGAUAUAAUUGAACCAGUCACGGGCCCGAGUGCUUGGAUAUCUCCCAUCGUGCUUGCGUUUAAGGAGAACGGGGACAUCCGCUUAUGUGUCGACAUGCGACUGGCAAACAAAGCAAUCCUACGGGAAAACUACCCAUUACCAACUUUCGACUGCUUUAUGACCAGACUCAAAGAGGCUAAAUUCUUCGCACGCCUAGACCUCAAGGACGCCUAUCACCAACUGGCCCUUGAUGAAUCGAGCCGGAAAAUAACAACGUUCAUAACUCCAAGGAGACUUUUCCGCUAUAAGCGUUUGAUGUUUGGAGUAAAUUCUGCUCCCGAAAUUUUUCAACGCCUUCUCGAGCAGAUGCUAUCUGCGGUACCUAACGCCAUGAACUUCAUCGAUGAUAUCAUCAUCUUUGGAGCAACUGACCUCGAAAUCGACAGCGCCGUAAAAGAAGUAUGCCAGAUCUUCCAGGAAAAUAAUGUCCUACUGAAUAAAGAAAAGUGCAUCUGGAAGACAAGCAAACUAAAAUUCUUCGGACAUAUUUUAUCCGACAAGGGAAUAGAAGUCGACCCUGAGAAAAUUGACGUCAUCCGAUCCGAUCAGAGACCCAAAGAACAAAGAAGAAACGCGGAGCUUCCUCGCAAGGCCCUGUCGGAGGUGGAGAAACGCUACUCCCAAACGGAAAAAGAGAGCCUAGCGCUGGUUUGGGCAGUGGCGAAAUUUUACUACUAUCUGGCAGGCCUGCACUUCGAACUCGUAACUGAUCACAAGCCCUUGGAAGCCAUUUUCAAACCAACAUCCAAGCCCCCAGCUCGCAUUGAAAGGUGGCUGCUACGGCUCCAGGCAUAUACGUUCACCGUUAUCUAUAAAUCCGGAAAAGAAAACAUAUCAGAUGCGUUGUCUCGACUCUGUCAACUACCGGCGGUAAAACCAAUCGACCACAAGACGGAAUACAGCAUCCUUCGCGUCGUACAGAGCUCUAUCCCAAGAUCUAUGACAAUUCAUGAAAUAGCAGAGUCUUCCAAGAGGGAUGAAGAGAUUAUGGAUGCAAUCAGUUGCCUGGAGAACGACUCCUGGAAGCCCGAUAGUUCAGUGGGCUUCUACCCGUUUCGAUAUGAGCUUUCAGCGGUUGGCUCCCUCCUUUUGAGGGGAAACCGCCUAGUCGUGCCAACAUCUCUGAGAGUCGGCGAGACAGCAAUGAAACGCCGCCUGCGAUCCAAAGAUAUUUACUUUUGGAUGUUCACCAUGAGUCUUCCCGGCUAUAGACUGACGGAUAAUCGCCCGGGUAUUGACGUACCCGGGUAUUGA